ACAUGUUAACAUGCAUGCGUGAUAACAUACAUACACACACUAACAUGCUAGCACACAGAGUGACAGACAGCCAUACUAACAUGCACACACAUGCUAACGUGUAGGAGGUGAGGAAUGUGGAAAAUGUUGAGUAUUGGUGGGAGGAGGCAGGCACAUGAUUCCCCAAAGCUAACACUAGUAUGCUACCAUAUACAUGGUAUGCUACGACACGGGUGGAUGGAUGGAUGGAGUAGCAUGUGAGGAAGGUAGAUGAUGAGAUGCGACGGCAGUAGAGGAGCUGACCUGAAAGAUGAGAACUUUGAAGCCAUUUCUGUUGGCCAGGUGGGCGUGGUUGGCCUCCAGCUUCCUGACCUGUGCGCCCUGGCGCUCCAUCUUGUCACGUACCUAAGUACACAUACUGCAUAUUGUACACGCUAUGCACGCGUCAUCGUGUCAUGCGGCGUCCUGACCUCCUUCAUGGUGACGGAAAGCUUGCGGCUCUUGUCCAGCAGUUUGCUGACGGUGUUGGAGGUGUGGCUGUGGCUCUUGGACAGUUUGAACAUAUCGGCCUGGAUCCCUCUGACCACGCCCUCCAUCUCCACCUGAUGGGCCUAGCGUACGUGAUACAUCAUAUGGUGUUAUGUAUGAUGCACGGUCGUUACCAUACUCACUGGCUUCAAAUACGGGAAUAAAGUAAUCAUGAUGGGAAUAGAGUAAUCAUAUUACGGGAAUAAAGUCAUCAUAUGAUGGGAAUAAAGUCAUAUUACAGGAAUAAAGUCAUACUACUGCAAUAAAGUCAUACUACUGCAAUAAAGUCAUAUGGGAAUAAAGUAAUGAUGGGAAUAAAGUCAUAUUACGGGAAUAAAGUCGUCAUGAUGGGAAUAAAGUCAUCAUAUUACGGGAAUAAAGUCAUCAUAUGAUGGGAAUAAAGUCAACAUAUUACGCGAAUAAAGUCAUGUGAAUAAAGCCAUCGCAUUAGUUUACUAAAGUCAUCAUAUGAUGGGAAUAAAAUACGGGAAUAAAGUGGUUAUAUUAUUGGACUAAAGCUGUAAUGUAUAGGAAUAAAGUGGUAAUGUUAUGGGAGGGGAAUAAAGUGGAGGAAGCGUAUUAAGAAGAAGGAUGAAGUACAGUGAGUACACUACAGUACAGUCAAGUGGUUAGCGUGCAGACCUAACAGCUAGGAGACCCGAGUUCAAUCCCACCCUCGGCCAUCUCUUUGUGGAGUUUGCAUGUUCUCCCGGUGUUCUCCGGGUAUUCCGGUUUCCUCCCACAUUCCAAAAACAUGCUAGGUUAAUUGGUGACUCCAAAUUGUCCAUAGGUAUGAAUGUGAGUGUGAAUGGUUGUUUGUUUAUAUGUGCCCUGUGAUUGGCUGGCCACCAGUCCAGGGUGUACCCCGCCUCUUGCCCGAUGACAGCUGGGAUAGGCUCCAGCAUGACCGCGAUAAGGCUGUGAUAUAAAAAAUGUGGAAAAAAAUGAAGGAAGCGCUGUGAAUACUUUCGGAAUGUGCUGUAAAUGAGGAAAGAAGUGGUAAAAAAGGAGUGAAAUAGAAAGGAUGUGUUAUGUAAAAUGGUGCAUAAGGUGAGAAGAUAGAAAUACAGCACAUAAAGUAAGACCUGUGAGCCUAUUUGGCAGAAUAUGACAGUUUGCAGGUUUGAGCGUGAGGCGGCCCCACCCUUGACUCACCUCCAUCUUGUGCUGGUUCUCCUGCACCACGUCCAGCAUGUUGACCAGCUUGUCCAGCAAAGUCAGCACCGUGAUGGCGUUGACGGGGCCUUGGCCCAUUUUCUCCAGGUCAAAUCCAGCCGUGCCCGAGAAGGGCUCCUCUCGCUCCUUCUCUUCUUUCAACGGGUCCUGCUGCUCUUGGACCUGGGCCGGGACCACCGGGUCCUGGAUCUGGUGGGGGUCGGUUGUCACCAUGGUCUCGGGGGCCCGAACGGCACGGUCGCUCAUCAGACGGGAAAAAGUUGUGCGGCGUGAAAAAGACUGGAAACUUUGCUUGGGUUUGUGUGUGCUGAGCUCCGCCCUCAGCGGCCCUGCGGGGAAUGCACACCUUUAACUCCUGCACUGCCACGCACACGCACACACACACACACACACACACACUCAGUGUCCACUCUUUGGGGACACUUGCAUAAUCAGUCAAUACAUUCAGCCACAUUAAAUGUACAUAUUAUACAAUGACAAUUCUAUAUGAUUACCAUAAUAGAAAACGGGCAGGUAAAGAGUUAAUUAAGUUUCAACAUGUUACCAUGACAACAGUGUGUGUGUGUAUUGGGGGAAUGUCUCUCGCCCUCGUGCCUUCCCCGUGAAGUCAUCUGGAAAGAAAGAAGGCUUUCCCUUCCGUCACACUUCCUUUCAAAAAUAGAUUUGAAUCCCACGCCUUUCACCAACGACUCACGGUGUACGGCAUAAGUAUUUAAGUCGGCGAUUUUUAUUUCGACUUCGUUUAGCUACAUUAAAUCUACUGUUAAAGGAAUUCGGACAAUUUUCCUCUCCAUGCAUUUCCUGGGAGAGCCGACCCCGCUGUUUCGGCAGCCAAUGGCUGCUAGAUAUACUGACAUGUCCAGCGCCAAUCAAGGCAAAGGAGAGGAACAAGACUGUGUGUGAUUGGUUGACAGUGCGAAGUAAACAGGAAGUGAUACGGAAAGCACAGAGACGACUUUAUUUUAAACGAAGUUGUUUGUAUAAUUACUCAAAAGCGCCGUCGUCACUAUUUCGGCAGCCAAUAGCUGCAAGAAAUACUACGAUGUGGGCCGCCAAUUAACCCAAAGGAGAGGAACAAGGUCAUGCCAGAAUAGUGCAAGCACACUGGUGAGGCCUCCAGGAACUGCCAACAUCGGCUGUGACGAAGAGAGCAUAUAGCGAGGAAACAGCCUGGCUUGGAAAGGAAAUGUGUGGACAAAAAAACAAAGUGACUGACCCCAGCGUGCCCUGCAGCUGAAACAAUCACACAGAAAUCUGCUACUGUCAAGCUUUCCACUUCAAGGAGAUGUCAGGUGCUGUAGCACACUCCUGCCCGCUAGAUGGCAGUAAUGCACGUAUCCAUUUGGAUUCCGGAAGAGAAAACGACAGCGAAGAAGAAGACGAGGCGGAAGUAGACGACAAAAGAAAGUGGUCAGCUGACUGAAGCCAAUCCAACAGGAGUAAAUAUAGUAUUUAUUAUGCGUUAUUAAAUAUCACAGUUGCCGCCCUGAAUCCAGUUUACAUCUCAGGAAAAGACGAAAAGAGCAUGGCGCUAAUAACAGCCAACUGGAAUCCGCUGGGAGAAGCUUUUUACCGUAAAACAGAACUGUACGAGAUGAGUUGGAACCUGAGAGACGGACUGAAGGACUGCUUGGUGGCGGCGGCACCGUAUGGCGGGCCUAUAGCUCUCCUCAGAGAACCUUUGAGACGUUCUCCAAGUUGUCGUCCUCAGCUGGAGAUUUAUUCUGCUUCCGGACUUGUCAUUGCCACUUUUCCGUGGAAGAGCGGCCCCGUCAUCCAGCUGGGUUGGACAGUCUGUGAUGAGUUGCUGUGCGUCCAAGAAGAUGGUUCGGUUCUGAUCUACGACCUGUUUGGAUCCUUCAAGAGACACUUCAGCAUGGGACAGGAAGUGGUCCAGUCUCAGGCCUUAGAAGCCAAAGUCUUCCAUUCUCCGUAUGGGACGGGCGUUGCCAUAGUAACAGGCUCCUUCCGCUUCACCUUGGCGACCAACAUCAAUGACCUGAAACUGAGGAGAUUACCCGCAGUCCCAGGCCUGCAGGCGGCGCCGUCCUGCUGGACCGUCCUCACUCAGGACCGCCAGACUAAAGUCUUACUGGCCACCGGGGCGGAGCUUUACAUCCUGGACAACACGUCCUGUACGGCCGUGUGUCCUCCAGGUCUCGGUCCUCAGUCGGGCAACGUGGUCCACAUGUCCGUGUCCUUCAGUUACAAAUAUCUGGCUCUCUUCACCGACGGCGGACACCUGUGGACGGGCUACUCUGACCUUCAGGAGAACCUGAGUGAAGCCGACACCAAAGUCAGGACGCCACCCAAGCAGAUGGUUUGGUGUCGCAGGUCCAAGUCCCAGCAGCCAUCUGUGGUUAUGGUGUGGGAUCGGCUCCUCCUGGUGGUGGGACUGUGUAAUGACAUCAUCCAAUUCCCUCUAGAAAGUCCGUGUGUGUGCGUUGGGGAGCUGGACGGCGUUCGGAUCAUCAGCGCAGCCAAUCAGGAGCUUUUGCAGGAGGUUCCGCUCGUCUGUCAGGACAUCUUCAAAAUCGCCUCCAUGGCACCCGGAGCUCUGCUGCUGGAGGCCCAUCGUGAGUACGAGAAGUCCAGUCAAAAGGCAGACGAGUACCUGCGUGAGAUCAAGGAGCAAAGCAUGCUGGGAGAGGCGGUCAGGCAGUGCGUGGAGGCAGCGGGACAUGAAUACGACCCCAGCACCCAGAAGUCCCUGCUCCGGGCGGCGUCUUUCGGGAAAUGUUUCCUGACGGACUUCAGUCCCGAACACUUUGUGUCGACGUGUCGAGAGCUGCGUGUGCUGAAUGCCAUCAGAGAGCGCAGCGUGGGUCUGCCGCUCACACACACACAAUUCAAACAGAUGACCCUGCAGGUGCUGAUUGACAGGUUAGUGUACCGCCAGAUGUAUCGCUUAGCCAUAGAGAUGUGCCGUUACCUGAAGAUCCCAGAUUAUCAGGGUGUGAGCAGAGUUCUCAAGCACUGGGCCGCGUGCAAGGUGCAGCAGAAGGACCUGUCGGACGAGGCCAUAGCCAGGGCGGUGUGUGAGAAGGUGGGAGACUCCCCCGGAGUGUCCUACUCGCACAUCGCUUCCAAAGCGUACGAAUGCGGGCGCACCGAGCUCGCCAUCAAGCUGCUGGACUCGGAGGCUCGGUCCGGUGAGCAGGUUCCUCUCCUGCUGAAGAUGAAGAGGAGUCAGCUGGCCCUCAGUAAAGCCGUGGAGAGUGGAGACACUGACCUGGUGUACACUGUGGUGAGUUACCUGAAGAAGGAGAUGAACAGAGGAGAUUUCUUCAUGACUCUGAGAAACCAACCUGUGGCGUUGAGUCUCUACAGACAGUUCUGUAAGGUGCAGGAACAGGAAACGCUGCGGGAUCUGUACAACCAGGAUGACGACCACCAGGAGUUGGCCAACUACUACGUGUCUGCCAGCUACAGAGAGAAGAGGUUAGAUGGCCGCCUGUCGCUGCUCCAGAGCGCCGUGGAUGAAUUCAACAAAGCCAAGAACGACUUUGCCGCCAAGGCCACCGAAGACGACAUACGUCUGCUACGCUUCCAGAAGAAGCUGGACGACGAGAAAGGGGCGGGGCUCCUGGGCCUGUCACUGCAGGUUACCAUGGAAACCCUGCUGGCCUUGGGACUUUACAAGCAGACCGACCAACUUUACAGAGACUUUAAAGUACCCGACAAAAGGUACUGGUGGUUAAAAGUGAAGUCCCUAGCAGAGAAGGAGGAGUGGGAAGAAUUGGAGAAGUUCUCCAAAAGUAAAAAGUCUCCUAUUGGCUACCUGGCUUUUGUGGAAGCGUGCAUGAAGAGAAAUAACAAGCAUGAAGCCAAGAAGUAUCUUUCCAGAGUCGCACCCGAGCAGAAGGUCAAAGCUCAUCUGGCCGUGGGUGACCUGGAGGGGGCAGCAGAUGCGGCCAUCGAGCGGAGGAACGAGUCGGAGAUGGCGUCGGUCGUGGCGAGAUGCUCCGCCUCCGACCGCUUGUUGGCGGAACGAUUACAUCGAGCCAAAAUGUCAGCCGGCAAAAAGUGAUUGGUCGCUCAUGUCGGCCCAGAAAAACACUACUACUACUACUACUGCAGUAAUACACAUUUAUUAAUAUUACUAUUGGCCUCCGGGACUUUAUUUUCCAAUUUUUUUCUUCCGGUAUUUACCACUUCCAACGACCUAAUUUUUCCAAAAAUUCCAAAUAUGUUUUGUCAUUACUAUCUUUACAAAAUAACAUUUUUUCUUGAAUAUUUAAACUUUAUGCGACUAAAAUCGGAUUGUUCCCCCUCAUUAUAUUGACAAAAUUCUGUAAUCAAACAUGGUACUGUAUUGUACUAUUGGUGUACAUGUGUAAUACUCCAGUAUUUCCAUCCAAGGAGGGGAGAAAGAAAAGCCAUGUACGUUUGAUUUAUUUACACCAAAUGUCGAUGGAACAACUGGAACAAGAACAACCAAAAGUGGAGAAGCUAGAAAAUGUUUUUUUACGUACAAAACCUUGUGCUCUUCUCUUUUCAUCUUGACGUUUGGGAAAUGAAGGAUGUACAUUGGGGGCGUGGC